CGUCCCGGCUCGCCGCAGAAACGGAGUACCAGCCAGAGAGAGCCGCCUCGCGUCCAGGGCGUCCGCAGACUCGCGAGUGCGCCGAGCGCGAGCAGUGUCGCGGCGGUGCAGUGAGAGUGCAAGUGCAGUGUGGUGCAGUGUGCGGAGCGAGCGUGUGCGGUGUACUCACCGGCCUGACCUGACCCGACCCGACCCAACCAGGAUGUCCCGACUGCUGGCGCUGUGCUGCUGGGCGCUGUGGUGCACCGCUGUGACCAAGGGCUACACCGGCAGCGACGACAGAUUCGUCAAGAAGUACGCCAUGAUGAAGGUGUACGAGAGCUGCUUCGGGCCGGAGGUGGUGCGUGAGGUGCGCCAGGAGAUGCGGGCGGCGAGCGCCAAGUGUCAGGAGCGCGGGCCGCCGCUGCCACCCGGGGGGCUGCCGCCCGGGCUAGCCUGGCCCGGGGGUCACGGCGGCGGGCCCAGCCUCGACCGCCUGGACAGGCCGCAGCCGCAGCCGAUCCGACACCAGAGGCCGCAGCCGCAUCAGCAGCCGCAGCAGCAGCAGCAGCAGCAGGCCGACUCCUCCCGGCUGCAGCAGGCGCUCAUGGCCGUCCUCAACAGGCAGGCAUUGUCUUCCCCUUCUUCCUAUACGACGCGUGGACAGCUGGACUCGGCGCUGGAACCGGACUUUGACCGCAUCGCGGCGCGCAUCGGCCGUCUACCCGUGCCGACCGAGCUGCGCAGGGACAUGCAGGACGGCGUGCAGUUCUGCAGGCAGUUCUCGCAAUGCAUCCCGGACUCUCGGCGCGACAAGUUCAUGCUCUCGGGCGAGCUGCUGCGGCCCAUGUUCUUCUUCCGCUGCUACAAGCACAAGAAGCUGGAGGCGUGCAUCAUGAAGGACGUGCGCGAGCGCUACCAGCAGGCGGCCCAGGGCGGCGUCGACGACAACCUGCUGCCCAACACGCGCGCCAUGGACCUGGACCGGGACGCGGAGCAGCGCGGCGGCGACGGCCUCGACGAGGACCACAUGGCCGCGGCCGUGUACGAGUUCCUGUACGGCGGGGACAACCUCGACUCGGACCCCUUCUUCUGAGGCCGUCGUGGCCUCCAGCCCCUGACCUACAGGGGGGGGGGAGGGAGAGUUAAAGACACUUCGAACGACCUUAAAUUGUGAUCGUUUCCGUGGAGACACAGAGGGCUUGACUGAGACAAAUAUUUGUAAUUUGCCUCCGGAUUUUCAUUCCUGAGGAGAGAUGUUGCACUCAUAAGCAAAACGAAACACGGCCAGUUUGCGAUUUCUGACGUUUUGGUUUUGAUUGUAUUUAAAUUUCCGCAGGGAAUUUAUAUUGGCUGUGAGGAAAGCUCCACAAGACGAAAAUGCAAUAGAUUGUGCUUGCUUGUCGCAGUGUACACCGGACGCUCGCGUUUCAAUGGCGUAGUGAACUCAUGUCAAACCUCGCAUGUCACCCUUCGCUACGCCACUGGAUCAGAGCGGCCGGGCCGAGGAGGCACACGUUGUGUUUGUCCUCCGAGGAGCCAAACGAUCGGGUUGAGGCUGACCUAACUCUCGGCCCAACUCGAACUUCUCCCUGAAAACACGUAAUCCGUCACUCCAAUGUCGUAGAAUAGAAUGAUUGUAAUGUGGGUAGUGAGUUACUCAUCGUGUAUUUGUAUUUAUAUUUCCACGUUCCCCACAAACAGCAAUUAGAAUUUUAUUUGUCAUUGAAAUGAUCACUACGUGUUUAAAGGGAAUUAAAUUAGAUAAUAGAUUGUAAAUCAGAGAAAGGGUGGUUGAAAUAAACAGACGCCAGUCUCAAACAAAAAUAA